AUGUGCUUAUGCCUAUUGGCACGGUGCCUCAGAGCGCAAGAUGAGCUCACUGGAGAGACCUUUGACGUUACUGGUAAAGUGGUCAUCAAUGCUACGGGUCCGUUCUCGGACAUCAUUAGAAAGGACGCUAACCCUAAGGAGCGGGAAUUGGUUGCUGCUGCUGCCGGAGCACACUUGGUCAUGCCUAAGUCGUAUUCUUCCCCAGCGUGUGGUAUGCUAAUUCCGGAGACAGCGGAUGGUAGAGUCCUCUUCUACCUGCCUUGGGAAGGGAAUACGGUUGUUGGCACAACUGAUGUAAAGAGUGAUCUAACGCCGCUGCCUAAGCCUACGACUGCUGAGCUCGAUUUCAUUGUCGAGGAAAGCGUGAAGUAUCUAAGCCUCAACAAGGAAGAUAUUCGACAGACCUAUUCUCACGAUAUUACUGCCGCUUGGAGUGGCCUUAGACCGUUGGUUCGUGAUCCGAAAGCUGCUGAUACCAGCAAG